CUAUAUAAGAAUGAGUAUGCGAGAGCUUUGGUUAUUGAACGAGCAUCUUCGGUAGUGACUCGAUGCGACGUCACAAAACUGUUAAAUAACCGCCAUAGUCUGUGGACAGAGUCAGUGUUGUGUUGUGUGUGCUGUUUGACAGAUCGCGGCAGCCAUUUUAAAAAUGAAGCCACUGCUUUUGUCAGUGGUAGCGAUAAGCUUUUUCCUGGCUAUCCAGGCACACCCAGAAAACAUUGAAGAUGUUAAAGAAUUACCUCAAACCAAAGAACCAGUAGUCGAAGCUGAAGAAUCAGAUCCCCAGGCGAGGGUUGAAAGAUGCACCAACUGUGGCUCACUCAAUCUUAAGCUUAAGUCUCCCAGAGAUGUACUUGCAUCUUUGCAGAACUACCCAGGGGCUGAAGUGCACACACAACAGUCCUUCGAAGGAUGUUCAUCAGAAAAAGGCUGUGCUGGUAUCAAAGUAAAAGAUGGACGAGUUAUCGAGAAAUACGGGAAUGCAGAUAGUUUCAAAGCCGCAGAAGCUUCUGAUAGUAAUAAUGAAUUUAAUUUCAUCACAGCUGCUUCCUUAGCUAAUAAAGCACUUGCUGGACUAGGUGAUAGUCCAUUCUGGUGGAUGAACCAAGAAUCACCAUUCAAAGGCUCUGGAGGUAACUUCCAGAAAUUCAGCAAAUCCAGUUCCAGUUUUUCUAGCAGUGGUGCUGUGGGAGGUGCCGGUGCGAUCGAUGGCUCUUUGAAUCUAGGUGGUAAUCCAUUCCUAAACGGAGACUUUGCUAAAGGUUUCGCUGGAUCUAACCUAGCUGGAAAUGAUAAAUCAUCUUCAUCCUUCCAAUCAUCAUCUUUCCAAUCGUCUUACUCAUCAGGAAAUGGAGAGAUGGAUCUUUCUAAGAAUCCGUUCCUGAAUGGUGAUUUCAAAGUUGGACAGAGUGCUCAAGGUGGUUUUGGAGCCCAAGCUGGGCUAAGUAGCUAUGGAGCUCAGAGUGGAUCUGUAUUCGGUUCAAACUCCAAUAGCUUCUCUGGUUACUCAGGAUCCUCCCCACGCCCAUUUUCAGCUGGUUCUGGAGUGAAUCUUAUCCAGAACGGACAGAAAGCGAGUGCAUUUGACUUUGAUCAGCAACAAACACAGCAAAACAUUGAUGAGCUGUUCCAAGGAAGUGGAAACGUCCAGGAAGUGACUGGUGGUGAGCUGCAGCAGACCUGCGCUGGCCAGGGAUACGUGUGUGUGCCAAAAGCUCAGUGCAACAAUGGAGUAGUCAACUCGAACGGAGCUAACCUGCUUCAGGCGAGAACUAAGAAACAAUACUGCAACUUGGGCUCAGAAAUCUGCUGCAGACUAGAAGUAUCCUCCAUCGGAGUAUCCAACACCCAGGGAUCUCUUGGCAUCGGAGGAGCCACUUUCGCUGGUCAAGGAAACCUCUUCCAAUCCAACUCGUUCGGGGCAUCCCAAACUGGCCAAACUACAUUAGGAAAACCGACCACGAGCCAAACGAACUUUAUCGAUACCGACUCUUUCACAGCUGGAAGUGAGAAUGCUGGUGUUUACCGGCCUGGGUCUGUUGGUUUAAGACCAGGUAUCCCAUAUCUACCACCUGUCGAUAACACUAACAGUGGAACAGUCAUAUCAAGCACUGCAGUCCCGAAACCCAUUAUUGUUACGACUCCAAGACCCUAUGUGACUCCCAAGCCCACUUAUCUACCACCUGUGACCUCUACUUCAGCACCAGGAUACUUGCCCCCAGUUGCUGAGCAGACAAUCAACAGAGAGACCAUAGUUCCACCAAAUCCCCCACCGAAAUACGACGAGGGUCAGAUCAUCCUUGAUGAGACUAGAAAUCCGAGGCCAAGACCUCGACCAACACCGAAGGAAGUUGCAAAUGACAUUCCUGCCGGAUGUGCCGCUGCUUUGAAAUGUACACCAAUUGAGUUCUGCACAGCUGAAGGUGUUAUCUCUAAUACUUCUGUGAUCCUCACCAGAGACCAGGAUGCAUACAGAGUUCCGCUUACUGAUUGCAAGGACUUAGAAACUGGUCGUAUUGGAAAGUGCUGCCGUGACCCAUACUAUACCGACCCCUGGCCAACGAACCAACUUGGAAAAUGGGUUCCUGGAGUGUUUGGUGGCAACGACGGUAAAUACGUCCCAGAUAGCAGAGGUAGCGCUAACAACGCUGUGCCAGUUACUCCUCCCUCCACUGGUUCUGUACUUUUUGGAAACUUCAGGACUACAGCCAAACCAACUAUACCAACCUUCGUAACUAGUCCAACAUCACAAAGGUUCCCAACAACAAUAGCACCUACAUACAGCAAGCCUACCCCUGGAAUAAAGCAAUUCACUAAAGGAGGAAAAGGACAAAUCGGUGUUGGUGGUCAAGGACAAUACGGCCAAUUUGGUCAAGGACAAGUAGGAAUUGGUAGCCAAGGUCAAUAUAGUCAGUUUGGCCAAGGACAAUACGCUCAAGGUGGGCAGGGACAAAUUGCUGUAGGAGGACAAGGAGAAUAUACUCAAGUUGGAAAAGGACAAAUUGGAGUGGUUGGUCAAGGCCAAUACACCAAAGUUGGACAGGGACAAAUAGCAGUUGGUGGGCAAGGAGAAUACGCACAAGUUGGUAAGGGACAAAUUGGUGUUGCAAACCAAGGACAGUUUACCCAAGUCGGCCAAGGACAAAUUGGUGUUGGCGGACAGGGCCAGUACACUAAGGUUGGACAAGGGCAAAUUGCAGUUGGAGGGCAAGGUGAAUACACUGAAGUUGGGCAAGGACAAAUUGGUGUUGGAAGCCAAGGACAGUUUACUAAAGUUGGUCAAGGACAAGUUGGUGUUGGCGGUCAGGGCCAAUACACCAAAGUUGGCCAGGGACAAAUUGGUGUUGCUGGGCAAGGCGAAUAUACACAAGUUGGUCAAGGACAAAUUGCUGUUGGUGGACAAGGACAGUACGCUCAAGUUGGAAAAGGUCAAAUAGGAGUCAUUGGAACAGGACAAAUUGGAUCUGGUUCCCAAGUCAACACUGCAGUCUCCAAGGGGCAAUUCGGUCAAGGGGCAAUCGUGUCUCAGGGUCAAGGAACGCUAGUGAGCACUGGCGAGGGUCAACUAGUCACACAGGGUCAAGGUACAUUGGUCAACCAGGGUGUUGGUCAAGUUGUAACGCAAGGAAAAGGACAGUUUGGUAUUGGCGGUGGACAAAUUGAAACUCAAGGACAGGGUGUGAAGACACAAUUUGGACAAGGCCAGAUCGUUAGUCAAGGACAAGGAGCAUUUGUCACCCAAGGAACUGGUCAAACUGUCUCACAAGAGUUUGGUACCGGCAUCAGACAGGGCCAAGGAUUCGCUGUGAAACAGGGCGGUGGGUUCGGAGUGGAGAAUGAGUACGGAGAGUCAGUUCAAAGAGUCUUCCUGCAGAGAUACAAUGGGAAUGGACAGUGUGGAGUAUUGAAUCCUCAAAGACCGUACGGAAACCGUAACGACCUGGAGGUAGACUUCGCUGAGAUCCCCUGGCAAGCGAUGGUGCUCCUGCAGACCAACAGAAGCCUGCUAUGUGGUGGUGUGAUUACCAGACCUGAUGUGGUGGUGACUUCUGCGGCUUGUGUUGAGGGCUUAGACGCAAAGAACGUGCUCAUCAAAGGCGGUGAAUAUAAACUGGGAAUCGACGAUGAACCUCUGCCGUUCCAAAUAGUCCAAGUGAAGACCAUUCUCCGUCAUCCAUUCUACAAGCGAGGCAGCUAUCUAUACGAUGCCGCCAUCUUGGUUCUGACAGAGAAUCUGCGAUUGGCCAAGAACAUUCAGCCUAUAUGUCUCCCCAGCGCUUCUGAUAGUUUGGACGCGUUUUACAACGGAGCGGGUGAAUGCAUCGUCACUGGAUGGGGAAAGAUUGUCUUGCAAGCUCAUCUCGAAGGUAGCAUCAUGCACAGCGUGAACGUAUCUCUCAUCAACCCUGGAGAGUGCCAGGCCAAGCUGGCUUCGGACUAUCCUCAUCUUCUUGAGCAGUACAGCGAAGACAGCUGUGUUUGUGGACAGCCCACCAAUCCCAUCAAUAACAUCUGCAAGGUUGACAUCGGAAGUGCCCUAGCCUGCACAACCGGUGAUGGACACUAUGUGAUGCGUGGAGUAUACUCCUGGGACUCAGGAUGUCAAAUUGGUAAUCAAAUUGCUUCGUUCUACAAGUUCGACCUGGAGUGGUACGAAUGGGCUAUUGGACUGAUCGAGAGCGUUCGUUUUGCCCAAUUCAGCCAGGUAUCCUCUGGAAGUUUCACAGGAAUCAACUCUGGAAUCAAGACAGGACAGUUCGGCAGCGGUGUGAAAACGCAGUUCACACAAGGAAUUAAGGGAGGAAAAGUUAAUACCGGAUCUGGUAGCGUAAACGGGUUUGCUGUGUCAGGGAAAGGACAGUAUGGAUUGGGACAAGGCGUUUUGGCAGGACAAAGUGGACAGGGAAGUCUAGGAUUCAAUGGUUUUGCUGUAUCUGGUAAAGGCCAAUUUGGACAAGGUGUAGCAGGUCAAUUCGGACAAGGCACGACUAGCCAAUUUGGACAGGGUCUUACAGGCCAGUUUGGACAAGGUGCGACUGGCCAAUUUGGACAAGGCACGACAGGCCAAUUUGGACAGGGCGUAACAGGCAAAUUUGGACAAGGUGUUACAGGCCAGUUCUCUACAGGCCAGCUAAGCCAAUUUGCUUCUAAAUUCAACCAAGGACAGGUCCUCGGCGGCGAUUUCAACACCCAAAUAAAAUCACCAAUCACCAACUCGUACAGUGCAACCUAUUCCGAAAAGAAGGUGUUCCAAACCGAGCCAAAAAUCGUCACAUUCACAACCAAGCCAGAAAUCGUUACUUUUACAACCAAGCCCGAAUAUUUCACUUACACAACCAAGCCCAAAAUAGUGACGUAUACGACCAAACCCAAAAUUAUAACCUACACGACCAAACCACAGAUCAUCACAUAUGAAACUUCUGGAAGCGGCACAAACCCUCAAUACGUCGCUCCUGGUGUCAACUUUAAACCAAAUUUCUCUGAAAUCGUCGGAGCUCACCAGCACACCGCUAAAUGCAAGUGCCUCGAGAACAAGUAAGGCAGCCCCUAGUGCCAUAUUCCCCCAUAAUUCAGUACAAAUAACUCCAGUUCCUAGCGAGUUACCGAAAUUUUUGAUAAUAUUAUUCGAUCGAACACAUCUAUUUAUGUUAACCGAACUGUAAAUAGGUAGGUUUACUUAUAUUUAAUUAUUUCAUAUAAGAUAUGUUAUAUUAUGUAUCGGCUUUAGAAUUUAAACUGCCACUAAAAUUUAUAUAAGUAUUUUUUGAAUUCGCAUUAGACUUUUGACCACUUUGGCACGAGUGCCGAAAUGGUUGACUCUCUAAUAAUUGGUUGUAGAAUUAUUAUUAAUAAGAUUUUUUUAUAUAAAACUUUACAUAAAAAGUAUAAAGUCAAUAUAUUGUUAUUGAUACGAUUUCUUAUUGUAAAAUUAGUAAUAAAUCGAUGUACUUCAAUUA